AUUCAUUUUUACAUUUUUAAAAAUAUACGUACUUUUAUAAUUACGUAUAUGCACUUUUAUAUAUAUUUAGACAUGCUUUUACAAAGACGAAAUUAUUCUCUAUGUUUAGCGCUGUAUAAACAUAUGACGGACUCGUUUGCACAAAUAAUGCUUUAACUUCAGUUCAAAUAUCAGUCAGUUCCAUUUAAUUGGCAUGCGCAUUUUAUCCAGUCAAUCAAAUCAAAAUGUUUAAAAGUUAACAUUACUUGGCUUUUACGCAAUUGGCGAUCUAAUCACAGGAUGAAGAUCAUAAAUAGUCGAAAAAUAUUUCCAGAGAAUAAAAUAUUUGAUUUUGACCAAUGUUAUCAAAAAUCUAAUCUUCACAAUUAUCUUCAAUAACAUAGAGGUUUUAUCACAAUGUCAUUUAUAUCAGUGGACAAUAAAUUCGUGAAGUGAUGAUGCAAAGAAUUAAUUCCGCGGUGAUGUAAUUUUGGAUGUCUACGACGAUAACAUAAAUUUUGACUUGCAUAAUUCUCAAGUAUAUGUAAUUUUACAAACAUUUUUGCAUUAAUAUCAUCAAUAUCCAUGAGAUAUCUCUACGAAUUCAGACAAGUACAUGACGUGUUGUAAAGUACACAUCGAUCUUUAUCAUAUGUUGUAUCAUGAUUUAUAAAUUUUUCCAGGCACUUCCAAUAAUGAAUUUUACUUAUAAUGGAUCGCUUAUCAUGUUAGGCGUAGCCGCCAUGUUGUCAAUCGUCCUUUUUAGCGUCAUGGCCUAUCAUCUUGGUUCCGUGGCAGACGAUUUCGCAUUGUCGGACUCUAUAUCGUUGAGAAAUAAUACUUCACUGGAGGAAGAUUUGAAGGAUAUAUUAAAGUUUAUACCUCUGAGCGAGAUAGGAAUAAUUAUUAACAAUUAUUUAAAGUAUGACCCGCAGAUCGAAGACACGGUGAGCUUCAUCGACGAUCAAAAGAGGUUCAUCAUGAGAGAAUUCCAGCGUAUGCCUAAAUUAGAUCAUUUUGUGAAUCUCUUGCGAGAAAAUGGUCUGCAGAUUGAUAAUUGGAACGCAAAGAUUCAAGCAUUUUGGAGGACAAAGGUCACUUUCGUUAAACCAGAUCCGACUAUUGCCACGGGUGGUCUAACUGUGAUGAUCCAAAAGAUUUUAAGCACUGUGCCGAUAGAGGAUCUCGAUAAACUUCUGCGACAGAAGACGAUGCAUUCCGAUAGUUUCCGUAAAUUUCUUCAGAUAUUGAAGUCCACAGAUUUUGUAAAUCUUCUCGAUGCUAUCGACAAGAAUAUCGUGCUGCAACGUCACUUCUUCUGGGCGAAGCAAGAAGGCAUCGAAAUCACUUUCGCUUUGGAACUCUUAAAGAAUUUGCAUGUUUACGUAACGGAAGAAAUUCGAUAAUCUGAUAAUUUUAAGGGAUCUAUUUUAAAAAAUGCAAUAU